GAGAAAAAGAAGAAAAAGAAGAAGAAAAAGCCAGAGGGGGAAACAAAAGAGAUGGAGAAAAAGAGUGAAGAGGAAGAAACCCCAGGGAAAAGUGGGAAAAGGAAAUCUAAGGAAGGAGAAGAAAAGAAAGAAGAAGAAAAGAACAAUAAAAAACCUAAAAAACAGAAGGAAGAAGAAAAAGAGGCAGAAAACAAAUGGAAAUGGUGGGAAGAGGAGAAGAAGGAAGAUGGAGUCAAGUGGAUGCAGCUGGAGCACCGAGGGCCCUACUUUGUGCCCCCCUACGAGCCCCUGCCCAAGGAUGUGCAGUUUUAUUACGAUGGAAAACCCUUGAAGCUGAGCCUGGCCACGGAGGAAAUCGCCACGUUUUAUGCCAAAAUGUUGGAUCACGAGUACACCACCAAGGAGAUCUUCCAGAACAACUUCUUCCAUGACUGGAGGAAGGAAAUGACCUCAGAGGAGCAAGAGAUAAUCAAGGACCUGGACAAAUGUGACUUUGGGGAGAUUCACAGAUAUUUUGUGGACAAAAAUGAGGCUCGUAAAGCACUUCCCAAGGAGGAGAAGCAGAAGCUGAAGGAGGAGGCGGAUAAGAUCCAGGAGGAAUAUGGAUACUGCAUCCUGGAUGGGCACCGGGAGAAGAUUGGCAACUUCAAAACUGAACCUCCGGGGCUCUUCCGUGGCCGUGGGGAGCACCCCAAAAUGGGGAUGCUCAAGAAGAGGAUCAUGCCAGAAGAUGUCAUCAUCAACUGCAGCAAGGAUUCCAAGAUUCCUGAGCCCCCAGAAGGCCACAAGUGGAAGGAGGUGCGCUUUGACAACACGGUCACCUGGCUGGCCUCAUGGACAGAGAACAUCCAGAACACCUUGAAGUACAUCAUGCUGAAUCCCAGCUCCAAGCUGAAGGGGGAGAAGGACUGGCAGAAAUACGAGGUCGCUCGGCGCCUAAAGGAUGUUGUCCACACAAUCCGGGCUCAGUACAGAAAAGACUGGAAAUCCAAGGAGAUAAAGAAGAGGCAAAGAGCAGUGGCCCUCUACUUCAUUGAUAAGCUGGCCCUGCGAGCUGGGAAUGAGAAGGAGGAAGGGGAGACUGCGGACACGGUUGGCUGCUGCUCCCUGCGCGUGGAGCACAUCCAGCUGCACCCCCAGCUGGAUGGGCAGGAGCACGUGGUGGAGUUUGACUUCCUCGGGAAAGAUUCCAUCCGUUACUACAACAAAGUGUCCGUGGAGAAGCCGGUGUUCAAGAACCUUCAGCUGUUCAUGAAGAACAAGGACCCCGGCGAUGACCUCUUUGAGCACCUCAAUACAACCUUCCUGAACAAACACCUCCAGGACCUCAUGGAUGGUUUGACGGCCAAAGUCUUCAGGACCUACAACGCUUCCAUCACCCUGCAGGAGCAGCUCAAGGCCCUCACCAACCCUGAAGACAACGUUGCAGGAAAGCUUCUGUCCUACAACCGAGCCAACAGGGCUGUGGCCAUCCUGUGCAACCAUCAGAGGUCUAUACCAAAAACCUUUGCCAGGUCCAUGCAAGUCCUCCAGGAAAAGAUCGACGCCAAGAAGAAACAAGUGGAGGAAGCCCAGGAAGAAGUGAAAAAAGCUGAAGAUGAGUUUAAGGACACAAAAGAUGCCAAAGCAGAAGCCAACGUGGAGAAGAAGAAGAAGCUGUUGAAGAGGCUGGAGGAGCAAUUGGCCAGGAUGAACAUCCAGGCCACGGACAAGGAGGAGAACAAGCAAAUAGCUCUGGGCACAUCCAAGCUGAAUUACUUGGAUCCCAGGAUUACCGUGGCCUGGUGCAAGAAGUUCGGGAUUCCCAUUGAGAAGAUCUACAACAAGACCCAGAGGGAGAAGUUUGCCUGGGCCAUCGACAUGGCUGGCGAGGACUUUGAAUUCUGA